AUGAUUCUGCUCGACGUCUCCGCCAUCCGAAAGUACUACGGCUCUGAGCCGGUGUUGGAUGGCGUUGCGUUUCAACUUCGACGCGGUCAACGGGUCGGGCUUGUCGGAGCCAACGGAGCGGGGAAAACGACCCUGCUGGAGAUCCUGGCUUCCGAACUCGAAAGUGAUGCAGGCGAAAUCUCUCUGCAUCGCAGUGCCACCUUGGGUUAUCUGAAGCAGCAUCCCACACUGCAGCCCGGCCGCACACUUCGAGAAGAAGCCGCCGAAGCCCUGGCCGGGGAAAUGCAGCGGGUGGAAGAGGCCGAACAACUGGCCGCCGCUAUCAGUCAGGCCACCGACUCGGCCGAGCACGAUCGUCUGGCCGCCCGAUACGAUCAACUGCAUCAAGAGCUUCUGCGGGAUGACGGCUACCAUCUGGAUCAUCGCAUCGAACGCAUCCUGCAGGGGCUGGGCUUCGAGCCCGAGCGAUUUGAUCAGCCGGUCGAACAACUCAGUGGCGGCCAAGUCAACCGGCUCAUGCUCGGCAAGCUGUUGCUGGCUCAACCAGACGUGAUGCUGCUGGACGAACCAUCGAACCACCUCGAUCUCGAAUCGACUGCCUGGCUCGAAAAACACCUGGCCGCUUACACGGGUGCUUUGAUCGUCGUGAGUCACGACCGUUACUUCCUGGAUAAGGUCACCACGCACACCUACGAACUGUUCGACGGCACCAUUGAUAUCUACCCCGGCAACUUUUCUGCCUACUGGCGACAAAAGGCCGAACGGAUCAAGGUCGAGCAACGCACCUUCGACAGCCAGCAAGCUGAGAUCGCCAAGCUAGAAGACUUCGUCCGCCGCAACCAUGUCGGGCAAAAACACGCCCAGGCCGAAGAUCGCAAGAAGCGGCUCGAGAAGAUCGAGCGAGUCAGUCGUCCCCGCAAGAUCGUUGCCCCGUCGAUGCGUUUCCCCGAAGCCGACCGUGCUGGGGAUAUCGUGCUGCGAGCCUCCGGCAUCAGCAAAGCCUUCGACAAACAACUCUUCAGCGAUCUCACGUUCGAAAUCGAACGGGGUGAGCGUUGGGCAAUAUUGGGCCCCAAUGGCUCGGGAAAAACGACUCUGCUGAAGUGUCUGCUGGAACUCCAGACGCCCGACGCCGGGCAAAUCGCACGAGGUCAUCGCGUCACGAUUGGGUAUUGCGACCAGCAACUGUCUGUGCUGCCGCAGGAAGUGGAACUGGUUGAGGCGAUCCGCCACCAGGACGAAUCGACGACCAUUGGUCAGCGUCGCGAUUUGCUGGCCCGGUUUGGGUUGGCCGGCGACAUCGUGUUUCAGAAGGUCAGUAGCCUCAGCGGAGGCGAGCGGAGUCGGGCGGCCCUGGCACGGAUCGCGCUGGAGAGUGCGAACCUGCUGGUGCUCGACGAACCGACGAACCACCUCGACCUGUGGGCACGCGAUGCGCUCGAACAGGCGAUUCGCCGUUUUGACGGAACCGUGCUCUUUGUGAGCCACGACCGCUACUUCAUCAAUCAGGUGGCCGACCACCUGCUGCUGUUCGAGCCCGGUGGGGUUCGCGUGGUCGAUGGCAACUACGAUACCUACGUCGAGCUGUUUCAAAAUAAAGUGCCGUCGACAUCCGCAACUUCGACUGUAAGUGCAGCACCCAAUGGGGCGGCAAAAGCAUCAAAAGCUGGCUCGGCAACCAAGGCGGUGGCCGAGAAAUCCGCCCCGGGUAAACCUCGCCGGAAACGGAAGUUCGCGUAUCGCAAGGUCGAAGACCUGGAGGCAGAGAUCUUCGAACGCGAGACACGCGUUGAAGAACUGCAUGGGGAUCUUAUUCUUCCGGAGGUGCAACGCGACGGAGAUCGGGUGCGGCAAAUUCAGGCGGACAUCGAAGCCGAGCAAGCCGCGCUCGCCCAACUCUACGAGCACUGGGAAGAAGACCCGCCCUUGCCCACGGUAACCGCCGAGCAACUCACCGACUUCUGCAGUUCAAUCCUUCGUGCGGCUGGGGGGAGCGACGAGGAGGCUCGCCUGGUAUCUCAGUCGCUGGUCGAAACCAAUCUGUAUGGGCACGACUCGCACGGCGUGGUUCGCUUGCCGUGGUACAUCGAGCAGCUAGGGCGCGGCGAGUUGGUGGCCGGAGCGAAGCUGGAAAUCGAACAAGAAACGCCAGCGGUCGUCGCCUGCAACGCCAACCUGGGCUUCGGGCAAGUUCAAGCCAGCCGGCUUACCGAGAUGGCCAUCGCCAAAGCGCGAGAGGUGGGCAUUGCUUGUGCUACGGCCCGCGAUUGCGGUCAUGUGGGUCGACUGGGGGCUUAUCCUCAACUUGCGGCCGAGCAGAACCUGGCCGCGAUGAUGACCGUAAACGAUAACGGCACGUUCCGCAUUGUUGCCCCGCCGGGUGGAAUUGAACCCCGCGUGAGUACGAACCCCAUUUCCAUUGCGGUGCCCGGUGGCGAUGGCCCGCUGGUGUUCGACGCCUCGACCAGUGUGGUGGCCCAGGGCAAAGUGUUGGUUCAUCGUGUUGAAGGCAGCCCCUGCCCCGAAGGUUGGUUGCAAGAUUCUCAGGGAGAGCCUACGACCGACCCCAACGUGCUGGUGGCCGAUCCGCAGGGCACCAUUCUCCCCUUGGGCGGCACGGCGGCCUUCAAGGGCUUCGGUUUGUCGAUGAUGCUCGAUAUGCUGGUGGGCGGUCUCUCAGGCGGGUAUUGCCCUCCGGCGGUGCCUGGGGCGGCCAUGUGCAAUACUGUGCUCUUAGUCGUGUGGGAUCCAAAGCUCUUCGCGGGCCUCGAUCAUUUCGUGGGCGAAGUGAAUCGGCUGGCCGACUCGGUGCGGAGUUGUCCCACGCGCGAAGGGGCGGCCGAGAUCACGCUGCCGGGUGAGCGAGGGCUCGCGUGUCGGCAGGAACGCCUUCGCGAAGGGAUCCCGGUGCCCGAGGGAAACUGGGCCCGGCUAGUCGAAGUGGCCGAGCAGCUGAAGGUCCGCAUUCACAUGAGCGAAACGAUCAGCUCCCGCGUUGACGACAACAUCUUGCACGUUCGCAUUAAUCGAGCGGAAAAACGCAACGCCCUGACUGGCGAGAUGAUGCAGGAGCUGGCCGCGGCGGUGCGAAGUGCCGACGAACAUCCCGCGGUCCGCGCGGUGAUUGUCUCGGCCGAAGGCCCCAUCUUUUCGGCCGGCAUCGACCUAAUGUCGUUGGCCCAACUCCGUGGCGAGGCGGGCGAUCGCAACGUUUCCCGCUGGCUGCGACGCCUGGCCAGCGAUCUUCAGGCGACAUUGAACGCAAUCGAAGAGACUGAAGUUCCGGUGAUCGGGGCCUUGCAGGGCCAAGUGCUGGGGAUGGGGCUCGAACUGGCGUUGGCGUUCGACCUUCGGGUUGGAGCGUCGGAUCUCAAGCUCAGCAUUCCCGAAUCGCGAAUGGGUUUGGUGGCCGACGUUGGAGGCACCACACGAUUGAGCCGCACGAUCGGCCCCAGCCGAGCGAAAGACCUCCUGAUGACGGCUCGAGCAAUCGAGGCGGAAGAAGCCCUGCAAUGGGGUCUGCUGAAUCGCAUCGCCCCGCCCGAGGAACUCAUGGCGGCGGCCGAAGAGCUAGCCCAGCAGAUUGCCAAGAACGCUCCGUUGGCCGUGGGGCUAGCUAAGCUGAUCGUAGAUCAAGGCGACGGCCUCGACAAGCAUACGCAGAUGGCCAUCGAACGUUGGGCCCAAAGCCAGUUGAUCGGCACCGAAGACGUCAUGGAAGCCAUGGGCGCCUUCAUGGAAAAACGCCCCGCCGAGUUCAAGGGGCGUUAG